GCGCGCUGCGAGAUCGGCGCGCGCCUGGCGACAAUUUGUCCGCGGUCAAGCUGGGCCGCAGCUCGACUUUCUGCGGCGCCGGCACCGCCCAGAAUCCCUGCCUCGUGGCCUGCGCGUUGCGCGUCAUGGGCGCUGCGAGCCAUUGGCGACGCGGCGCGCGCGGCCUGAACUUCGCCGAGCACGACGAGUGGCGAGCCCCAUUCCAGCUCACGUGCCUGGACGGCGUCGUCGCCGAGCAGAAUGCGAAUCAGCUCGGCAGCGGCUGCGGCAGCAUCGCCGACGCCGUCGCCCUCGUCGGCGCUGAAGAAAUCGUCGACAUACCGGAGUGCAGGUAA